GUGUGUUUUCAUUCCUUAGAAACAACACAUAACAACUGCACAGUUUAUAAACUCAAAAUUUAAACAGCAGUUUCUUCAUUGCCGAACAAACUUUAACUCACACUCCAUCAAGCCGACCGCCGACCGGCUCAGUUUAUUACGAUCGAAGUUUUUCAGUCUUUUCUUAUGGUUGUUAAAUUUUCUCAAGAACAGCCAAUGUCUGAUUCAGAGGAAGAGUCGGUGGAGGACGAAGGAUUGUAUUUGGGUGAAUACGAAGGAGAAAGAAACGAAGACGAAGAAAGACAUGGUAAAGGGAAAGCUACUCUACCUAAUGGUGACGUUUAUGAAGGACAGUAUGUGCACGGUAAAAGACAURGUCAAGGAACGUACAAGUUCAAAAAGGGAGGCAAAUACGUCGGGAACUACGCCAAUGGCAAGAAGCAUGGCGAGGGAACAUUUUUUUACCCCGACGGAACCAAAUACGUAGGGUUCUGGAUCAACGACGAGAGGCACGGUCAGGGCACUUAUUACUAUGCUAACGGUGAUACGUAUGAAGGAGAAUGGUCCCAAAAUCAGCGUCAUGGUCAGGGCGUGUACACAUAUGCAGAGACUGGCUCAAAGUAUAAAGGGACGUGGGUGAAUGGCCGUAUGGAGGGGGCUGGUGAGUUGAUCCAUACAGAUCACCGUUACACCGGUAUUAUGCAGCAGGACCUACCAAAAGGAAGAGGGAAAUAUACGUUUGACUUUGGAUGUGAACAGAGAGGAAAAUAUGAACUCAUUGAAGUCGUGCUAGAACCAGAAGAUCAAUUUGAAGGCGAAGAACAAGAAGAGAUGGUUGUUCUUGAACCCAAAUGGAGAUGUGAAGAUCUGGUACAAAUACAGUGACUGAAAUGACUUUUUUCUCAUACUAAUCCCUGCCCGGCCUAUGCAUCAUAAACCUUCGCUCAGUGCCCCAUAAGAUAGUGCCUAUCGGGCCAAGAACUGCUUUAGCACUACUUACUUUCAAAAUGUUUUCAGAUAACAGCCUAAAGAACCGCAAUAAAGUCAUUUUUCCUUACGCGUACAGGGUUAA